AUUUUCAUAGUUCUGUAUGGAUCAAUUUGUAUUUUUUGUAAUAACUAAUUUUAGUUUUAUCUCAUGACUGGUUGCUCCUAGACUAUAUUUGCACGCAAGGUGAUCUUGCUCUCAUCGAUUUUAUCAAGGAAAUCCCUUGUGAACCAAGGGUAGAAGUCGUUCUUAUUGAUGAUGCCUUUGUUGAAAGGAAGUGGAUGGAGUGUUUAUUUCAGCCGAGCGCAUAUUUAGGUGACGAGGUUAUAGACUGUUACAUAAAUUUGAUAAAAGCUCAAAAGCAUCUAAAGUGCCGAUCUGGAGGUCGCGUUCACAUAGAAAAUGCUUUCCAGUUCAAUUUCCUGAAGCGAGAUGGUGAUCUUGAAAUUAAAACAGAGGAGCUAUAUCCAAUUAAAGACAUGACACACAUAUGUAGCGCUGAACGAAGGGUGUUACUUUACCUAGACCAUGACAUGGUGUUUAUUCCGAUAAACAUCCGAGAGACGCAUUGGUAUCUUGCUGUGAUCCAUGCAAGAAAUAUGGAGAUACAAGUGCUCGAUUCACUUGGUACUUCACAAGACCGCAAAGACCUCACUGACUCUAUUAAAGGACUGCAAAGACAAAUAGAUAUGAUAUCUCAACGUAAGGAGUUAAAAGACCACAGGUGGCCAGACCUCCAAGUUGCUUCUUGGCCGCUCAGAGAAAUAGACAUGGGAUAUGCAAAGCAGACAGAUAGCUCUUCAUGUGGCCUCUUUCUUUUGAACUAUAUCGAAUACUGGACAGGGGAUGAACUGUCUGACAUUUUUACCCAGGAUAACAUGUCACACUUUAGGAAAAAAAUGGCUGCUAUAUUACUAUCUUCAGACCUGAAUAAGAGAAGGGGGUGUCUGUUAUACAAAAAUGAAAAAGAAGUUGACUCUGGAAGCCCAUCUGAUGUUGAGAUAUGUUGGGUAUCUUCGGAUCCAAGUCGGCGUCACGGCAGACCAGAGUGA